UGGAUUAGCCUCCGUUUCAAAGCGAGGUGUGGAUACGUAGUCCAAGAUGGCGGUGAAGCAAGCUACCAAAGGACAAAAACAAAUAGAUAAGGAAAAUGCUGAAAGUUUGAGAUUCUAUCGGCAUAUUGUUUUAUUGGCACUAGCAAUGUAUGCAUUAAUACGCUUUUUGGUUCUUGGAAAUUCUGUUUAUUGGGCACACUAUUUGAUGCUGAUUUCAUUUUCACUUGCUCACCUUGGUUCAUAUCAAUUCAUGAGUAGCAUGGCAUCUAAAGGUAUUGACCUCAAUGUCCAAUCAGGGAUGGCUGAGCAUGCUAAAGAUGUUAUUCUGCUAACAGUUAUUAUUCAGGCACUUACACUUGUAUCUGGAUACUUCCUAUUACUAUGGCUAUUGAUACCUGGAUAUGCCUUCUAUUUGCUUUGGGUAAAUUUUCUUGGACCUUGGUUUUUUGCUGCCCCACCAGAGGUUGAUGAAAAACAGAUGAAAAAAAUGGACAGAAAAGCUAAGAGACAAUUUGCUUACAAAUAGAUCUAAUCUAAAUUAUAUUGCUAAGUUUUUGUGUAAUAAAGGUGUUAUAAAUAGACCAUAUGUAUUGGAUGAAAAACCAUACAAAAUUUGUUUUACCACUACACUGGUUCGCUAGAAGGGGGCUGUGGGGUUUUCAUCCUCAAAUAAUUCCAAAAAGCACUCUAAACAUCCACUGAAUUAAUUUUGCCCUUUGUUCUUAGCUUUUGAAAAUUGUUAACCCCCUCUCUCUCUCCAGUUUGUUGUUGAGCUAUUGUCCCUGCCCCAACAUCAAAAUGACAGCAAUUUAUAAGCCUGGGGAGUAAUCUCCAGCUUCUUUGGGUAAGGAAAAUUUAGAAUAAAGGUUGUGUAUAUUAAGCUAGACUUGAUUUGUAGUAAUUUUGAAGCAUUUUGUAGCUAUUAAGCUAUAUUGCUAUUGACAUUGAUAGUUUUGGUGUCAAACUGUUUGGGUAAUAGUUUUCAGUCACUUUGUAUUUGCCCCUGUCAAGGAGGGUUCAGUUUUAUGUUAGGCAAAGUUGUAUGUUGCUGUUCUUUUUUUUUCUUUAUUCUUUUCAACUAUCUUACCCAAGGCAACCAAUCUCAUAUUCAGGGGUUUUAUUUGUGAUUUUCCAGUGUUAAUUAUUUUCACUUAGUUUUUAUCCAACAAUUAUGAUUACUGUCUUAUGAUAAUAAAAUCAAAGUAUUUAUGUUAAUUUCAUCAGUUUCUUUUUAAACUGUUGUGUCUACUUGAAGUCAAAGAUAAUAUUCCAAUAAUUUCUGGGCAAUUUUUUUGAGUGGCCAAGUGUUGUGGUUGUUUGCUUAUUGUCUUUUUGAUUAAAUAUUUAUAUAGAUACAUUUAUGGACAGUUGUGUUUGUGCUUGUUUAUAAUGAGCGUGGAAUGAGUUUUUGUGACAUUCAAGGAUAGUUUAUUGCAUCCAUGUAUCCAGUUACUGCAUGUAAUUGUUCAUAGUUUUAAUCAGCUGAGUCAAAUCAUUGGAUUGAUGAAACAGACUGGUAUUAUCAGGAUAUGACUAAUGUAUCUAGGCUGGUAUUAUCAGCAUAAAUAGUAAAAGUGGAAUCUUGGAUGAUUGGUAAAGAUGAGGAAAAGUAAGGACUAGGGCAUGACCACUGCGGAACCCCAAACAUCUAAAUCAACACCUUUACCCCCACGAAUCUGUUUAUGAUUGGAUAUGUAUGACUUAAAUAGUUUUGUAAGACAUUUCUUGUUGCUGAAUGGCAAUAAUUCAAGCUUUUUAAAGAGAAUUCCAUGGUCGACCCUGUCAAAUGCCCAUUUGGGUUCUUUUUAAGUAUAAGGCAAAGCAAGCUUCACAUAGUAGAUAUAUUUUGACAACCCCAAAAGUAUUUGCUGUCUUAACUUUGGCAACAGCAUUCCAUAUAUUUUUCAACUCGAAUGUUUUGAAGUUAAACUUAGCCUUAUCUCUGUUAACUUCAUAGUCACCUGGUAGAAGGAGAAUUAAGGGCAAGUUAUAUUUUUCUGCUGGUUCCCCACUGAUAGUGCAAUAGAAGUUUUUCAUUGGGUUAGAAAUUUUCUUUUUCGCAAAGUUUUUGUACCAAUUUCAUUGAGAAAGGCGAUGUUAUCGAUGAAAAUUGAUGUUUGACUUUGAUCCUUUCGUGCUACCUUUACAUGCAUUGUUCCCAAUUGAUAUAAUGCAGCUUCUUCAACUGAAAAUGACCUUUACUUUAUUACAGAUCUUUUUUAUUCGCAUUCAUAAAUGUCGGGGAGACGAAAUUCUUCUAAUAUUUGUGGCAACCCUCCGUCUUGGAGCGAAAGAGCAUGUGUAAUCAUGAUCAGUUGAAUGCGCAAGCUCUCUGUCUCAAGGACGAAGGGUUGCCUCACUCUUUAUUUCAUUUCAUUUCAAAUGUUUAAAAAAAAUUAUCUUGCUCGUAACAAAAUAAGGCCUUGAAGAAGUAAACUCCACACAGAGAGAGAAAAUCCCAGCGGGGGUCCCUUAUAGUCUGUCAUAAACGGUUAAAGACUCAUUGCUAACAAUGAGCCAUUGCGCUACGUAAGCAUCCCAUAAUGCAUUUUAAGACUGUCUAAAAUCAAUUACUGCCAUUGUUUGGACCGUCGCCACGCUCGCAAAGGCCCAUUGUUAGCAAUGAGUCUUUAAGUCGACUUUUUUUGUCUAUGAUCUGGCCGGCCUCCUUCUCGCCAAGUAUGGUGCGCACACGAAAAAAAGCGAUGACAACGGCAAAAUUACACGAGGAAGCCUGAACAAAGGUUCAGAAUACAGAAAGCUGUUAUUCAUAAUUUUAUUAACUAGUCCUUCUGUUCUAAGUAUUUUUUUAUAGGCAUGAUUACUAAUGUUUGGGUUGUUAAUGCGUGGAACCGAGAUGCUACUACUCAAAGAACAGUGUUGCCUGAAAAGUUUCUUAUACAUAAAAAUCAUCCUCAUAAAGAAAGUCAAAACCAAACUUCUUAUGUUUUUUUAUUGAUUUAAAAUCAUAAGCAAAGAAUGAAUUAUUAGCUAAACAACAAAACUUAUUAAACAAAACAAACUCUCUUCAACACAUUGAUAUCUAGAAUUCAAAUAAAGUUUUUUGUUGUUAUUUUCUUAUAUUACUUCUUUUAAAGCUAACUUUUUCUAAGAAUACUUUUAUAAUAUUAUUUUCCAGCCUCGACAUUCUCAAGAAAUUUUCGUUUUGAACCUGAAUAUGUUCUUCAAGUAUAAUUACUUUUUCAAAUCUGAUAUUGUUUCCGUCCUCAAAUAGAAACGUUUUUUGAAAAAAUUAGAUAUGUCAUUCAUGCGAUUCUUUGGUAUGGUGUCUCUUUUUUUUUAAAUUUCACGAUACAUGUUACUGAUCAAUCUACCUACAAUUAUUUUACAACACUACGAUGAUGCUCCAAAUGGGGAGCAAAAGACUGUGACUACCCCAUGGCAUUACAUGCGCAGUGCUUGCAAAGCAUGUGACUGGAGCUUGAAAUGACUUGAAAUGGCUUGAAAUGAUUCUUGGAUCAAGCGAACGGUUAAUUCAAGUAUGUCUUUAUUCAGGUCAUUUAGAAAGGUUUUGAAAAUCAUAUAAUAAAGAGUGCAUUAAAGGAUCGCUUGAGAGAUUGUUAAUUUCAAUCAGGCACGUAAAUAAUAGGGGGCGUGGGGGGCGUAACGCCCCCCCAAAGUUUGGAAAAUCCAGUUACAGUUAGAAAACGUAACGGUUGACUUGGAAUUUUUUUCUUAAGACCAAACUUGUGAAUUUUAUAUUUUAAGAAGUUUUUUUAUUUUAAAUAUAAAAAUUCUAAACAUUAAAAUUCACAGGCUGAAGCUGACCCAGCCAAUCGUUUUCUAUUGUGAAUCCCGUCUCCACUGGAUCCAAAUUGCACACUUGCCCCGUUUUCUUUUUCUUUCUUUCUGACGGGAGUUGAAUCAAAUUACGAACAGGCAAGGUGAACUUACGGAUAAGAAACUUGAAACUUACAGUUUGGAAUAAUAAUACCCGCAUUGAUCAGAAAAUAUUAGAGUGGGAAUUUUUUUAGAAACUACGAGUAGUUAAUUCAAUAAAAGAUUAAGAAUCUUUCAGUACUAAAAAUUCUCAACGCUUCUUAUAAAAAACGAGUUUAUGCUAAACUCCCCCUGUUAUUUGUUAAUGUCCUUGAGUCCUUAUCAUAAAUUCCUAUGACAAAACUGCUGUGGAGCAAGAACACAUUGCAAAAACUGCAGUAGAAGUAUUUGAUCAAAGAAGAGUAUUUCAUCUUUCGAAUCAGGCAUAUGCACAAGUUUGUUCUCAAAUCAUCAUUUCAAUUGUAAAGAAUGAAAAGGCAUUUGGCCCUCUGAAAAGUUUAAAGGUAGUUUUCUUCGAUCAAGAACGAAAAUAAAAGGCCCAAAUUCUUGGUGCUUCUAUAUCGUGAAAAAUGUAUUUUAGAUAAAAUUGAUCAAUUGAUCUGAAAGAAUACUACUAAUCAUUAAGUAUAUCUAAUACUGGUUUUGCUUAAAUGUUGCUUUACUUCUUACAGUAUGUUUAAUGUUUGUUUCAUGUUAAUCAAAAUUUAGAGAUUUAGGCUUUUAUGCUUUAGGCUAAUUAUUGAGUAAAGAUUUGGUAAUUAUAAAGAAAAUAGAACUAUGGUGCUCGGGCUAUUUACAAAUAUCAAUUUGGUAGGUACAACAGAUCUACUGGUCGAAUGAAAAAUUUAUCACUUGAAGUUGGAAUUUUCAUACUUCCACGCCCCCCCAAAAUUAGCAACUUGUUUUCGUCCCUGAUUUCAAUUGGUGUCUCCUUUGCUUAUACCAUACAAUUUGCUUAUAUCAAGCAUUUUCAGUGGUGAAGUCGAACUAAUUUUAAGGGAUUUAAUUUUGAAUGAAUGAAAGGGCUCUCCUUGCAUUGUAAAAAAUGCGAGGGUUGAUGUCAAAGAAUCAUUUUGUGAUGUUUCUGUUUAAUCUGUCAACAGGGGUUUCAGUUGUGAUGGAGGAAGAAGUGAUGACAUGAUGCACCAUUGUUAGUUUCUGAGGAAAGUAAAAUUGAUUAAAAUAAAACAAAAUCUUUGAAUCUUGAAGACUUUCGGCUUGCAUUGAAUCUUUGGUCAAAUAAUGAUGAUCGUGCUUUGUGCAACGAAAAAAUAGAACAAAAAUAUUACGACUAUGUCAUUGAAUUCAGUGCAGAUAUACUGGCGAUUAUUACAGUGAUUUCGAAAAAUCACUUGAUGUGCUACCGCAAUGGAAAUAUUAAACGUCCGGGCGUUUAUUGAACCAUUUGCUUUUAGAAGGGGCGAUUAUCGGAGAGGAGCGUUUAUUAGAGAGGGGCUCUUAUUGAAGACGUAUUUUUGCAAGAUAAAAUCAUUGUUUUCAGUCAGUCCACACCCACUCUGAAAAGUACAAAAUCUAUUCAAUUGCUCAAAAUCAUUCUCGCCUUUAUUUGAAUCCAUUUCAUUUGAUAAAUUCCUAUCCACAUAGAAAUCUGAUAUUACAAAUGGAUCCUCGUUCUCUUUUCCAUCACAAAAUGUGACCGUUCUUUAUCACAAGAUGGCACGGCUAAUUUCCCUCUUUCCAAUAUUAUAUUUCUUCAUCACCUGAGCCAUGGCAAUGUCAACAAUGGCAAUGCACAACAUCGAAACGAUUUUAUGAUGAUGUCUUUUUCGACAUUGCUCAAAAAGACGACAUAAAACAAGAAAUUGCUCCAUUUCUGGAAUAUUUUUAAAAUAGUCCUGGGCGUUUUUUAACCAAAAUUUCGUAUCACGAUUGGCAUUUAUUGGAGAUCGGCGUCUAUAAGAGAGAGGGCAGUUAAUAUAUAAAAUACGGUAUUUUUAAUUAAAGUUUGCUUAUAUAUAGCCACAAUACCUACAUUGAAAAGAUUUUAUUCAGAUGCACACAGUUGUCUUUUUCAUCAAAAUAUGCAUGAGCGUUGCCUACCUGAUUCAAACACUUUCAAAUAAAUCGUUUAAUGAGUAUAAUAAUAAUCCAGUAUUGAUUACAAUAGAAAAACGGGCUACAACAGCAAAUUUCCUAUUGAAUCUGUUGAAGGCGUCAUUGUCCAACUUUUGUGCAUGAAUUUUUCAAAACAUCAUUCUUUUACUCUUUCAAGUACUCAUACAUAACAAUAAGAUUCUCUCCAUGCUUGCAAGAAAGUAAACAAAAUCUGGGUCUAAAGUUAGUUGAAAUUCUCAAAAUGUAAAUAAAAAUUAAAUCAACGAGCAAGAAAAAAUACGGCUAAUCUAGAUAAAACAUGAAUAUAAAACAAUCCGAAUACGGUCACCUUGUUCCAUUCCAUGAUACAUGAUUGAUCUAAAUUAACUCUGGUUAUAUUCUCUAUAAAUGCUGAUUGAAUAGCUGUGACAGUAAGCGGAGUGUGACUGUAAAUAGGGCAAUAUUGGACAGUUUUGAGCAUUUGGGUCUAAAUUUCAUGUGACUGUACCCCACGGUGUGAAAUUCUUAAAGAUGGAACUUUCUCGAUUUUACAAUCAAGGAAUCUUCAAAAAAAGGUCUAUGUAUACUAGCAACUGAAGUUUCUGUUAGAGUUAGGGUCUUUUCACAAUGCUUAAACCCGCGAUUUGAUGCUUGAGAUGGUAGCAGCAGACUUAGAAAAUGUAGGACGAAUACUUGACGGGCCUUCUUCUGUAGAAAUUUCCCUUUUGCAACAAAUUGUUGAUCUUAAAAUUGUCAUGAAAGUAUGUCUUGCUCUUGGUUGCAAGAAUACAUAUAUUAUGGGAUCGACGAGAAGAUUAGCUCUAUGACAAAUAGAAAGAUACAUUGACAACAAAUGCAGUUGAUCUUUUUGAAAGUGAUAAAUUAGAAAUGUUGCUAUAUUCGGGAAAAUUUCAAGCAAGACAAAAGCCGCCAGCAUACAGAACACCAUCCAAAAAAGUUUGUGGUUGUCAUUCUUUUGGGACGCCCUGUUUCGUUUUAACUUAGCUUUUAUCACACGCAAACAUAUUGUGGUGUACGUCGAGACGAAGAAAAUCAUAAAUAUGCCAUCCAAAACUAGCCAUAUUAGCAACGUUUCUCGUCAUUGCGUCCGAUACAAAGAUGACACAUAAAAUGCUGUUGACAGUGCCAAGAAACCAAAUUGAGGCCAUAGCUCUGAGAAUGUUUUUCUUUGUAAGAAUUAUCUUGUACCUAAAUGGAAAAUUAAUACCAAUGAAUCGAUCGAUGUUCAGCAGAAACAUAAAAAGGACCCAUGUGAUGUAUAAAGUGCUGACGGAAAUCCAAAGCCGAUUUUUUAUGUCCUCGUCAUUAUUGUUAAGGUACAGUACCGCUGUGUCCAAUACAAGCCACGCAACUGAGCAGACAAUGUCAGAUAUGCUUAGAUUCUUGAUGAUCAGAAUUUGAUUUGAGUUUCGAACGUCUGUUUUUGAUAAUACGUAAAUUCCAACUGCAUUAAAGAUGAUCGACAGCGCCGAUGCACUAGUACAUAUGAUGUAAAUAGACAAUGUUUCAUCUGCCAUAUUGAAUCAUUUACCUUUCCACCAGAAAUUGGGUCUUUCGCUUUGAGAAAUCCUAUAAUCUCAACCUUCUGAAUUCAAUUGCUACAAACCAUCUCAAUAGUACACGGGUGAUCUCUAUGUACAUGUCCAAUGUUUCUUUCUAUGUUCUAAGUAGUAUUUAAUAUCCUCUACAUUGCAGCUGCAUUGGUGUGAUAUUUUCUUUCGGUUCUUGAAUUUAAGCUGUUCGGUAGUGCGGGCAUGUAUUUAUGUAAUUGAAUCCACCUGUUACAUGAAUCACAAAAAGUGAAUAUAUAACCAAAACGAUUGAAAAAGGAUCGAGGUGUUUCUUCUGAUUUAUUUCAAUUUAAUAAUGUUUACUGAGAGAAAGCGUGAGUUAUACGAACAGAGAACGACUGUGCCACGUCGUUGCUCUACCGAAUGAGCUAGCCGAUGUUUUAAAAUCAAAAUCCCAAACUAUACCAGGAGCACCAUACCGUCGCAACUGAGUACAGUCGGGGUACACUCAUUGAUUUUGUUUCUAUUUCGAUCAUUACGUCUGUCAAGUUAAGUUAACAAGUCAUCUCUCAAGAUUUGCUUUUUUGUCACAGAUGCGGUGGCAAGCUUAUAGAAAGGCAGCUGGGAUAUGCCUUUCAACGUGAUUUCAUCCUUAAGUCAAAUUAUCGAAAAACAUUGAUUCUACAGUUUAUUGCAAAAAUGUAUUACAUUUUUAAAUUCUUAAAUUUGAAAUUGAAUCCUUCGAAUCAUGAUCCAAAAUGGCAACUGAGAACACGAUUAAUCUUCUAGAUAUUUUUCUUCUUAUACUUCUUAUUCAUGCCAAAUCUUGUUCUUCUCUUAGAUUAAUUUCUUCCUUCUUUGUAAACGGGUUGACAGCCUGGAAAAUCAGAAGAAAUGGGGAAAGCUUUAGAACUAGAGCAACCAAGCUCCAGUCGGUCUGAAUCUUGAAAUUAGGGACAUGCUCUCAUUUGCCAGUAGCAAACAUUAAACAUAUCCUUAAAUUGUCAUCUUUGUCCCCUUUCAUUUCACAAAGGCGCCUUUGACGUGCGAAGGUAGGUGACCAAAGCCUCGGUAUUUAGACACAGUGGUUCAGUUCUUACAAAAUGUCAUUCCAAAUAGUUAAUCAACCUUUUUGAUUAAAUAUCAAGAAACUUUAUAAACAAGACAGCUUUCUUGCUCUUUGAACUCUUUUGCCCUUUCCCAAUCCCAUCCUUUCCCUUUUCCUUUCCCGAACCCUUCUUCGUAUUCAAAAUAAAAAAGUUCUUCGUAAGUGAACCUAGAAGUCCUGAACACAAACAGAAAUUCCUCCUUAUUCACUGAUAUAAAGUAGUGUCCCACAUAUAAGAAACAUAAAUUUAAGAAACACAGACUCUGAUUUUCAACACAAUAUCCCAUCUCAUAAGAAACUGGUCAGGUCUGAAAAGCCUGUUUCUUACUCUAAAAACUAAAUAUAUAUUUACAAAUUUGAAAAACAUAACCAAAAACGUUGAUAAGAUAGUGUAUAUACAGUGCUCUUUGUCAGAUUCAAAUGAUAUGUUUUGAAUAACAAUCAGAGGUCUUGUCUGAGUAGUUAAGCGAAAGUACAUGAUAUUACUAAUAAGAAACCGUACUCUGUUUUGAAGUUGAUCUCAUUUUAUAAAAAUCAAGUCAGAUCUGGAAUUCCUACGUUACCUGUUUACCAUUUACUUAGCAAAAUAUUUGUGUUAAUUUACUCCAGAGGUCUUUCAUUUCAAUCUACAAACAGAAGAACCUAUCUUGGUGACUUUCUUGCUUCUCCUCACCAUUCAAAAUUUAUAAAAUAUUGUACUAUUUCAAUGCCAACCUUCUUUCAAUGCCGGUCUCGAUUGUUCGACUCAACGAGCCCUGUAAAUGAAUUCAGCAGUCCAAUGAACCUGCAAAAACCUGAUCGUACCUUGAAACCUGAAAAUUUUAUACUGACCGAUAAUAGUGAUAUCUUUGAUUGUAACUAUUCAUACAUAAAAAUUAAAAUUUAAGUUUAAAAGAAGUAAAGUUUCGCCAAUGUCCAAUUCCAAAUGUUCGUUCUUUUUACAAAUGGCCUGUAUGAUCCAACAGCAUAAUUUCAUCUUGCAUAGUCAACACCCCGGCAAUCUCCCUCUCCAAAUCUUCAUACUUUCCCACUUUCUUGCUUUCUUUGUCAAGAACUUCUAUGUCACAAGGUAUUUCCUAACAUUGUUGGCAAUAGUAGGCUUAAAAGGGAUGGUUAAGAUCAGGCCACUCCUGGAUUUGAAGAAAGUAUUGUGGAUAUAUCAGCAAUCUAAAUGCACAAAGAUGGUGGAAAUAUUUCAAUUGAAAAUACCAAGUUAUAGCCUGAUGCUAUGUGAAACAAAGUGAAACACCUCCCCCCCCAAAUAUCUUCAAACUGACCUAGCUAUUGACUGUGACAGCUGAAACCAGAAGGAUAAAAACAAGAAGAUGCAAACAAGUUUGACUUUUAAAGCUGCUAUAAAUUAAUCAAUAUAAAUUAAUUUGGUCAUUUUUGAAAAUAACAUUUGCUGGCAAAAAUUUUGCAAAUUAUUAAACACUUAGUGCCACUAUGAGAAGAGUGUAGUUAUAGAAAUAGAUCUUCUUUUAAAACGGUUAUAUGUGAUCCAAAUAAUUUUGCUUUUGUAGCAACUUGCUUCUUUCUCAAAAGUUUACAGUAGUUUCUAUCGAGCAUCCAGGACGACGGUGUGUUCAGUUGCUAGAGGGCAUGGCGCUAGUGGGCAUGGCUACAAAUUUUUCUGGUGCAUUCUUUCCAAACAACCCCCCGCCUUCCAUUUUGCUCCGCGGAAUUGUUAUCGAUAUCACUUUUUCAUUGCAAUGUUUUUCAUUCUCUAAGGAUGAUUUAAUAUUUCUCAAGACAAAUGGUGAAUAUUUUUGCUUUUGGUUGUUAGUGGAACUUCAAGAAUCCUCCCGAGUACUUUUAUCUCAUGCCAGGUCUUCUGCAUCCUUUUAUUUCCUUCUCAAUGCCUGAUUUUGCGAGAAUGGUAGGAUAAUCCUCAACUUCUUAUAGGCAACUCUAUAUGUGACCUCUGAGAAAGAGGGCUUAAACAUUGAUCUUAAAUCUAUCUUCAAGUCAAACAUAGUUCAUUUUUGCAAAACCGAAAUGUCUGGAAGUCUAUUGCUUUGAAUUAAAGAUGAUUUUCAUUUCUUAAAAGCAUUUUCUUGGCUUUUAUUUUUCCAGUGAGCUCUUGGCGUACCUAGCUCUUUCGUUUUUUAGAAGAAUCUCUUUGAAAAGGCUGUCUUACCAAUUACCGGUCUUAAAAACUCUAUGCUCGUGUGCUUGCUCCGGGUAGCCCGGCUUGUGCAAUCAAUCACUGGACCUCUUACAUCAGAUUUGGAUCAGAGUUUAUACAGUUGUCUCGAUAAGAGAGUUGUUUUUAUCGAAAACUCGGUCUAAAAGAAGCAUUUAGGAUACCAAGUAUUUCGAGGUCUCUUUAUGCAAAGAUAUUUCAUAUUCGCAAAAUCCUAAAGAUAUGCAAAAUGACUUCUAGCUAUCAAAUAGCUUUUAAGAUGCACGGUUACAUUGCAGUGAAAUUCAAUAAGCCCAGAUCUGGUGCCAAGGCAGAUGUUGGGUUGAGUCUCAAAACAGAGGUUGUAGCCUACUUCCCUGAUUCGGUGAUCAACAAAAAAGUAAUUGCUAUCGAGACGCAUUGAAGCUUCAAUUCAAAACUAAGUGUCAUAGUACUUUUGCUAGUACCGUCCUAGUACUGUUUAUGAAUAAAAAAUUAGUCCAGGAUUGGAGCAAUAAAGUAACCCGAAAUAAUGCCAUCUAAUUUGAUUAGAUCUUGCAACUGAAUGGACUACAUAGUUAGAUAAAAAAACCGACUGUCUUUUCGAAGCUUCAUGAAGCUCAGGUCAUUAUAUAGCCAGAUCUUUGCUUUCUUCGCAAUGCUUCUUGUGCAUCUCUUGUGCUUUCCAAAUUACUAAAAUAAAAUUCAGAAAGUAAGUUACCAAUAUUUAAAAGUACAACAUCUACAGGAGCAAUACAGUGAACGUCAAAUUUAAGCGUUGCUUUGAAGACUUGAGUGAUGCCUUUAUAUAAAUAUUCAAAACAUAAAUAAACUGAACCGGCCCUCAAAAUAAAAAUUAAAUGAAAUAAAUCCAGUGAAUAUGUUAUCGCAAAAGACAUUACACUCACCAAAUUUGAGAGAAAUAGCAAAAUUCAAAACCAAAUCAUAUCAGCCUGCUGAUGCAUUCAAAAUACUAGUUCACGUGACAAAAAUGUUGGCAAAAUUUGUUUACCUUCAUUUUUUUUCUGGUUCGGGUCCAUCUGGUUUUGGGUUUUCGUAUGACUGUGGGCCUGCUAUUGUUUUAGCUCCAGCUUCGACCUUUUUGGUAAGCUCCUUGCUGCUAUCGCCAUCCAUUUCUAACUUUUAUACCUAUGACAAGAAUAUGGAAUAUACUUCCGAAAUAAAGAGCAUAUCUGCCAUUGCCAUAAGUUAACAAAGGCAGAAAAAGAACGAAUUCUGAUUUUGACAGAAGGUUGCUCCGGCCUGUUGUCUUAUGCAAAAUAAGGAUCGAUAAAUUUAUGUUAGAAUAACAUCAAUACUUUUUCAGGCAACUUUUCAAUGUUGCCUUUGGACAUAAAAAGCUUGCCAAACAAGUUAUCUAAACCGCCCAGUCUACAUAUACAUAGGCUAUGAAAUAUUCCCGGUGGUACUUCAAAGAUAAAAACUUUAUUAAAAAUAGCUACCAGCAAAGCCCAAAAUUGAUGUUUCAACAUAAUCUGAAGUGAAGAGAAAAGGGAAAAAUAAAACACAAGUUAACAUAAAAACUUACCGAUGACACAAAUUAAGCCAAAAUCACAACGGCCUUUCUUUUGCGAUCUGAAGUCCAAAUUGGUACACACCACUCCUUAUAAGCAAUAUGCGACCGGGAAUUCCCUUCAAACAACGAACAGGCGAAGGUAAUUUCCAGCAGCGCAAUGCAGAAGACAAUACAUAACGCAUGCGCGAAGACAAAUAUCCUCCUUCACAGAUUCCUUAAACAUCAAACUGAUUCUUCUAGUUGACAUUACGUAUAUUUCAGAGCAAGCGGAAAUUCCCUUCGACCAAAGAACUGCCUCUUUCUGGCUAGAAAAAACAAUGUAGACACCUUUGGGUUCAAAGAGAGGUGAAAAAUAGGGGGGUAGAUGUUUUGGUUCAAAAAUCAAACUUAAUUUCCUCUGCGUGGCAAUCAAAGAAAGUUCUAGAAAACCUAGAUAAUGAUUAACUGUCGCAGAAAGGAAACAUCGAAAAAUGCGUUGUAAGUCCAAGCAAAAUACAAAUGUGUACCAAUACCAGAAACAGAUUCGCAAGACCUACUUUUUCUGAGAAGCAGUGUUUCAAAAAUCAUCCAAUAAUGGCAGAAAGCAGAGUCACUCGGGGGGAGCAACUAGCUUUUAAAGACUUGCUUAGCGGAGGAGAUAAUUUCCCCCUUCCGUCAGCACCAGAUAUAAAAAGAGGCAACAAGCGAAUUUUCUACGCGGAUAUCGCAAUAUAUGAAACACAUCGAAAGUACAGUAUUCACUGUUAAAAGAAGCUCUCACUAUGAUGCAAAAUAAUGAAGAUUUGUAUCCUUCUGGGCCUGAAGAUGACGGAGUUGAGGUAUUCGUGAGAAACCUUGACGGCAGAUCACGACACUAUACAAUUAUCUCUUCCACAACAACUGAUGACCUGGCAGAACUUUUUAAAGUGCCACCUGGUCAAGUCUACUUUGUUUAUCAAGGGACUCGAUUGACCAAUGCUACUCUGCAUAAGGUCCCCCGAGGUGGUACAAUUCACAUGAUAGGAAGACUGAGAGGAGGGUAAAUAUAUAUUUUGCAGCAAAUAGAAAAUGAUAUAUUUGUAAUACCCUCAGUCCUGGUAACAUCAGGCGUGCGAUCGCACGCGCACGCCUCCACACACGCCUAGAACUCCCGAUGCAUGCUUUCUAUUGCACGCGCAGUUCCAUGUUUUGAAUUACUAUUCUUUUUCUCUUUUGUUUCUUUUAAUUUCUUUUGUGUGGGUUAUAUUGAUGGCAUUCCUGGAGGCAUUUUAACUCUUUACUUCGUUUUCAUUAGGCCCGGUUUCCAUUACUCCGUUAUGCUGUUACUCCGUUAUUGUAUGUCUCCGUUCUCUCUCUCUGUUCUUUUCUUAUUUUCUUGAACACAUUGCCCCGGGCCGCUCUGUUUUGGUCAAAAUGAUAACGUGGCUGUUUCAAUUAAUCCAUAUUUGCCCAUUAUCAUAUCCUUAGCUCAAGCUCUUUUUGCAACUGAGAUUGAAUGACUCCGUUUUGAAUGCAUCUGUCUUCGCUGUUCCCAAUAAAACGAAGCGUAUUCAAAUGAUUCCGUUUUCGGAUGAGUCCACUUUGAACAGCAUUUUUGAAUAUAUUCGGUUUGGUAUCAAAUGACACCGUUUUUGUGCGUAUUAAUGAAACUCAAAUUCGAAAACAGAAUCACUCGAAUCUGUUCUCAUACGGAAAUGGAGUAAUGGCAACAGAGCCUAAAAAACUUGUAUCCUUUUUGCUAAAUUAUUUUGUUUUCAAGAAACUUCUUCUAAAAUUCCAUAAAACCUUUUUGGUUUUACGAAAACCUCAUACGCUCUCUCAAGCAGUGAUACACACAUUCUAAUACAAAGAUGUCACCAGGUCUUCAUAAAAAUCGUAAGGUCUCCAUUUUAUUGAUCGCACGUCAUCGCACGCCAUCGCACGCCUAAACUUUUCAAGGCGUGCAAUUACCAGCACGCCGCCAAAUUUCAUAUUACCAGGACUGUACCCUGCUUAGAAUCUAUAGAAAUCCAAUCAAAAUACAGAAUUCAUUAAUGAUUUCAUGCAGUAUUAAGAUCUUUUCUGGCUUGCUUUCUUUAUUUUUCAUUCCUCUGCCUUCUUUUUUGGACAUCUAAAUUAACGGCACAACAUACAAUUAUGUAUAAUAUGACCCCCUGUUUAUUUACGCAUGUGUAUAUGUGUGUAUACAAUGCAAUGGCAGUGAUAUCAACACAGAACUGAGGCUUUUGCAUACUCUAUUAAAGUUGUAUUUUUAGAACCUACUAUCCAUUGGCAGCUGGUGGUUUUACUAGAAUCAUUAGUCUAACAACAAUUUUUCCAGCAAAAAUGAAAUGCUUCUCCAUUAUCCUUACAUGCAAUUUGUUUGAAAAAAUAAUAUGCUUCUCCCAUGAAAACUUAAGUCUGAUUACUCAUGAUUCAAAAUAUAAUUGACCAUUAUUGACUAUUAUUUGAUGAUGCCUAAGAAAAUAGAGAUAGGGAUUUUCUCUAUGGAUUCAGCAUGAAUGAACACCAUAAAAAGACACAAAUAAAUAGUUCUUUUUAAUUUGCUGCAGCUACAUGGCCAUAUGCAUUAAAUACUUUUCAGAGAAAUUUUACAGCAUGGCCUUCCCUGUAGAAGGUAUUAUUUGUUUUCCAUUCCUAGCAGAACAGCUCAGAAAGUCAUUGUGCUUCAUUUAUGUCACCGCUAGUAACCAGGACCUUGUUCUAUUCACAGUUGCUCUUAAACAUAACCCCAAGCUCAAAAUGAACCUAAACCACUAGUGCUUGAUACUUUCAUACUUUUGACUUAGUCAUGAUGAGGCUACAGUGAAUCAGUGGGUAUGGAGGCAUUAUUGCGUUAGUACAAUCAAACCACACAUAAAAAAUUCGAAAUUUUUCCACUAGAAGAUUUUUUCCUGAUUUGUUAGUUCCAUUCUGAAAUUCAUGCCACUAUUAGUGAUGAUCUAAAAAAAUUAUCUUUAGUAAAUAGUUCAAUUACACCUCUAGCAAAUGGGUGGGGUUUAGCUUUGUGACUUGUAAGGGCAUGGUCAAUGUGAUAUUUUCAGCUAAUAGGAGUUCUAAACGAGAGCCAGUCCCCCCCCCCCCCCUCCCACAAAUAUCCUAGGAUCACCACUCCACUGUCAAUUGUCAUGCCUGGACACUUUCAUGACAUCACUGAAUAGCUGACUACAAAUACUCACUGCAAAUUGAGAAUGUAGCCAAGUCUGAUAUGAAUACGAUUUAUAUUGCUUCGGAUACAUAUCAAUAAUGCUCAAUCAUUAGCAUUUAUAUUGGUUAAUUCAAAAAUUAGUUCUAUCAAAUUUUCGUUCCAUUUCAGGUGAAAGAUGAAGAGGAAAACUGGACACUUAUGAGAGCAUAUUAGAUUAGCACAACAAUAUAUUUUAUUGCUCUAGCACUUCUAUUAGUUUCUCUAGCACCUCAUUGCUAAAUGGAAAUAGAUUGCAUGAUUCAUUGAUAUUUAGAUAUCAAUAUUUAGUUGUAUAUCAGUCUCACCGUUUCAGUUUGAAUAACGAAUGCUCCUUUAACUAUA